CUAUGACAACUUGGUAUUGUUGGCAUCGCUGGCAUUUUAACGUUCUUUCAUAAUUGCUGAUUCAUUUACUAGAUAUGUGAUUAUCGGCAAAAUACGUGAAGUGGAUUACAUGCUCUCUCGUGUUUAAUCGGAAUCCCCUGGAACCUCCAAGUGAGGUUAGGUGACCCUUGAUAUAAAUAGGCAUCGAUUUACAUAUUUAAACAUGGCUAGCAAAAUUGGCCUUCUCAGGCUGUACUUUGUAACAUGGAACGUUGCUACAAAAUAUCCAGAACAGGAUCUGCAUCAGCUGUUAGGUAUCUCACAUAACGGAAAUCAAUCUUUGCCAGAUUUUUAUUUUGUGGGAUUACAAGAGGUUAAAGCUCAACCGCAAAACAUGGUAUUAGAUAUGUUUUUCGACGAUCCAUGGACCAAAGCAUUUAAGGAAGUUUUGAAGGAGCACGGUUAUGUAAAAAUACGUACACAACGGUUACAAGGUCUUGUUUUAAAUUUCUUCUGUUUAAGGAAGCAUAUUACGCACUUAAGACUGAUAGAAACACAAUAUACAAAAACAGGGUUUGCAGGAAUGUGGGGUAACAAGGGAGCAGUUGGUAUGCGACUUAAUAUUUAUGGAGUUAGCGUCUGUGUAGUAAACUGUCAUUUGACGCCACAUGAUCACUUAUUGGCUGACCGAGUUUCCGACUACAAUACGAUAUUAAGAGAGCACACAUUCAGUGUACCUGAUACAACCAACAUCUUUUAUCAUGACUUUGUAUUUUGGAUUGGUGACUUAAAUUUUCGACUUAAUGGACAGAGUCUCACUUCUAUGUCAAUUGACACAUUAGUCAAGAAGAACCAGUUGGAUUUCCUGCUAGCCAGUGAUCAACUGAAAGCGGUUAGGGACAGUGGUGAAGCAUUCGCCGAACUUAAUGAAAAUAACAUUACAUUCCCACCAACUUACAAAUACGAAUUCGCUUCUCAAGAGUUCGACAUGAAGCGAAGACCGUCCUGGACGGAUAGAAUUUUAUACAAAGUCAAUUCAGACGUUUACGAAGAUAUUAAAUUAGAAGCAACGCAGCGCAGCUACAGCAGUCAUUCCAGUUAUGUGCAAUCCGAUCAUAAACCAGUUAGUGGGCAGUUCGACAUAACGGUACGAUCACAUAUCGAAGACCAUGGAGUAGAAUUUCAACCUGUGACUGCAUGGUGGAUCGAUGAUGAAAAUUCCAUCUCGUACAAAUUAUUAGGUAAUGUCAGUUCUUCGGGUGAAGACUGGGUAGGACUCUUCACGGAUGGAUUCUCUAGCCUCGAUGAUUACCUAGUUUACGAAUACGUAGGGCGAGGAAAGCCAUCCGCAGGCGACCAGCCAAAUGCCCUAUCGGAGAGGAUGUACUUCAGCGAUAGUACUCUACAAGCUCAAGAAAUGUACCGUUUAGUGUAUGUCUCUCAACGAGAUGAUAUAAUAGGAAUACUGGGGAUGAGUCCUCCGUUUCCAGGACACAAAAGGCUAGCUUGAUAAUUGAUUCGCCUACAUGACACUUCUAUCCAUAUCUUUCGCACACUAGGGACGAUGCGGAGUUGAAAAUGAAGUACUUCUGCAAAUCGCAACCUUUGAAUGACUGUCGAUAAAAGACUUCAUGAAUCGACAUCAUGGACGCGUAAAUCGCGUACUGACUACUCGCGUAGGUCAUUUGUUAUUACACACACAUUGCAUUGAAUCGUCUUUCAUAUUUUAAGAGUGCUGAGUAUCAGGGUGCAUCAUUUUCUACACUCUAGAGCUUAAAAUAUUUGUUGGUAACGCGUUUGGAGGCACGUGGGAAUACUUAUGAAUCUAGGGCAAUACAUUCUAGGGGAGCUUACAUUUGGUCAGUUAAUUGCAGAAUGUGCUCUUGUUGACAAACGAACAAAUAUAUACAUAUAUUUAUAUAUUUUAUUUUUAUAGCUUAAUUAUUACCGCGUUAGAGAAAAUAUAUCGCGAAUAUAUAUGAAGGAUUUAGGACCAUGCCGUUUUAAUUCCUCGAUUUUCUAUUUACGAUAAUCAAGGGAUUAAGAUUGACUUAUUCUAAGGAAUGGCAGUAUUAAGGCGCGAGGAGAACGGCAUUACUCAUUGUUUCGUAAUACUUGUUUCAAUAAUUUAUUAUGUAUGAUAUAAAUAAGCGAGAGUUUCGAGCUCGCGAUGCGUUAAUCGGCGAAAUCCGAAGCUGCGAGGACCAUUUAAACGGCCUGUUGUUAAUUUCUUAACACUUUAAUGUUAUUCGAUUCGGAUAUACUGGUCGUGCCAGUAAUAGCCUGCGCAAUUGCAAUUGUAAAUUGCAAUGUCACAGUGGCAGUUUUCACAUUACAAUGUGGCUCAUACUAGAGGCGAUUCCGUUUGAUGUCGAGUCUAGGACGAGUAAACUAAAUAGGAAGCAAGGUGUAGGAACAGACGUUGCUUACGCUGUAACGUUAUUUGGUUUUUACACGAAAAUCGGCCUCUUCCGCAACAGUAGGUGACCAGAUUUUGCUUCUAGCAUCCACGCAUAUUUUCGUCCAAAAUGUGAUUUUCUGCUGUCUUUGACAUUUGUGUAUGUACACUCAUUGCUGUAUGCUAGCAAAUUGAGUUAACGAGUAAGCUAAGUUCCCUUUCGCCAGUAAACAGGGUACGCACGAUUUGAAUUAAAUUCCACAUGAUUUAAUUACAUCUCAAUGAUAAUGAAAUAGAGCAAUGGAUUCUAUAGUAAUGAAUGAACUUAUUUACCGGGGUAACUUUAUGGACAUCAAGGAUGAUUUUUAAAUAAAUGAUUUCUCUGAGAA